UCUCCGGCAACUUUUGCAGAGAGAGCAGCCGGCGCCUGAAGGAAAAGGCAGCCCUCGAGCGACAUGCGGCGCUGAGGAGGGGAGGGGUGCUUAGGGCCCCCCGAGGUCUAGCAAGCCAAGCCCCGGCCCUUCUUCAGCCCAGAAGCCCGCAGCCCAGGCCAGGGGGGGGGGUCCCUCGAAAGCCCCCCAGCCCCUGCUGCCCGCUCUUGGCAGGAUGGAGGGCUGCUGGGCCGGGGCUCCCUCCCCGCUGCUGCCCCUUCGCUGAGGGGCCCCCAAGAGCCAUGCAGGCCCAGGGCCCCACUAGCACCCCCAGACCCAGACCCAGCAGCAGGAGCACGGCGGCGGCGGCGGAGGAGGCAUCGCUUGGGCUCUUGGCUGGCAGCGACGGCAGCAGCAGCAGCAGCAGCAGACCUCGGCGGCUCAAGAUGGCAGAUUGCGACUGAGUCGGAGGAGCAGCCGGGGAAGGGGCCACGGAGGAGGAGGAGGAGGAGGAGGAAGGAAAGGAGGAAGAAGAGACGACGAGGGGGUCCCUGAAACCCUGCUCCCUUUCUUUCUUUCCCCCUUUCGUUGCCAUGCAUCACAGAGCACCUCGCACCCAUGGCCCCCAUGUACGAAGGUAUGGCCUCACAUGUGCAAGUUUUCUCCCCUCACACCCUUCAAUCAAGUGCCUUCUGUAGUGUGAAGAAACUAAAAGUGGAACCGAGUUCUAACUGGGAUAUGACUGGGUACGGCACACACAGCAAAGUCUACAGUCAGAGCAAGAACGUGCAAUCCUCUCAAACAGCUGCCACCAUCAACGCCUCUCUCCAGAUCCCAAAUCCAAACAUCCCUUAUGAGCAGACCAUCAUCUUCCCAGCCAGCACAGGGCACAUUGUGGUGACAUCCUCCAAUAGCACCUCCGGUGUGGUUGCAGUAUCUGGACAAGCAUUGGGUGGACCGCACAACCUGAUGCGUCGAAGCACUGUGAGCCUUUUGGACACCUACCAAAAAUGUGGACUUAAGCGCAAGAGUGAGGAAAUUGAGAACACAAGCAGCGUUCAGAUUAUUGAAGAGCACCCACCAAUGAUUCAGAACAAUGCCAGUGGGGCCACGGUAGCCACCACAACCACAUCCACUGCCACAUCCAAAAACAGUGGCUCCAACAGUGAAGGGGAUUAUCAGCUGGUACAACAUGAAGUGCUGUGUUCCAUGACCAAUACAUAUGAAGUAUUAGAAUUUCUUGGCCGCGGAACAUUUGGGCAGGUGGUCAAAUGCUGGAAACGUGGCACCAAUGAAAUUGUGGCCAUCAAGAUCCUUAAAAACCAUCCUUCUUAUGCCCGGCAAGGUCAAAUUGAAGUGAGCAUCCUAGCCCGGUUAAGCACCGAAAGCGCAGAUGAUUACAACUUUGUCCGAGCCUAUGAAUGUUUCCAGCAUAAGAACCAUACCUGCCUGGUCUUUGAAAUGUUGGAACAGAACCUCUAUGAUUUCCUGAAGCAAAACAAAUUCAGCCCAUUGCCCCUUAAAUACAUCAGGCCAAUUCUGCAGCAGGUAGCCACAGCCCUAAUGAAACUGAAAAGCCUGGGCUUGAUUCAUGCAGACCUCAAGCCAGAAAACAUUAUGUUGGUAGAUCCAUCUCGGCAGCCAUACCGAGUCAAGGUCAUAGACUUUGGUUCUGCUAGUCAUGUGUCAAAAGCUGUAUGCUCAACUUACCUUCAAUCCAGAUAUUACAGAGCCCCCGAAAUCAUCCUUGGCUUACCCUUUUGUGAAGCAAUUGACAUGUGGUCUCUGGGAUGUGUCAUUGCAGAACUCUUCUUGGGCUGGCCUUUAUAUCCAGGAGCUUCAGAGUAUGAUCAGAUCCGAUACAUUUCACAGACACAGGGUUUGCCAGCUGAAUAUUUGUUAAGUGCAGGGACGAAGACAACAAGGUUUUUUAACAGGGAUACAGACUCACCAUAUCCACUGUGGAGGCUAAAGACACCAGAUGAUCAUGAGGCAGAGACGGGAAUCAAGUCAAAAGAAGCAAGAAAGUAUAUUUUUAACUGUUUGGAUGAUAUGGCACAGGUGAAUAUGACCACAGACUUGGAAGGAAGUGAUAUGUUGGUGGAAAAGGCAGACCGGCGGGAGUUCAUUGAUCUCUUAAAGAAGAUGUUGACGAUAGACGCAGAUAAGAGGAUAACACCGAUUGAAACACUCAACCACCCAUUUGUCACCAUGACACACCUACUUGAUUUCCCUCAUAGUUCCCAUGUCAAAUCCUGUUUCCAAAACAUGGAGAUUUGCAAGCGACGAGUGAACAUGUAUGACACGGUGAACCAGAGCAAGACUCCAUUCAUCACCCAUGUGGCCCCAAGUACAUCAACCAACCUAACCAUGACCUUCAAUAACCAGCUCAAUACAGUUCAUAACCAGGCUACCACCCUGGCUCCCACCUCCACCACCAGUGCCACUAUUUCCUUAACCAAUCCUGAGGUCUCCAUACUAAACUACCAAUCUGCACUCUACCAGCCCUCGGCAGCCUCCAUGGCCGCGGUGGCCCAGAGGAGUGUCCCCCUGCAGACAGGAACGGCGCAGAUAUGUGCUCGUCCUGAUCCCUUCCAGCAAGCCCUCAUCGUAUGUCCUCCAGGCUUUCAAGGACUACAAACUUCUCCUUCAAAGCAUGCUGGCUACUCUGUCCGGAUGGAGAAUGCUGUCCCAAUAGUCACUCAGGCUCCAGGGGCUCAGCCCCUUCAGAUCCAGCCAGGACUUCUAGCACAGCAAGCUUGGCCUAGUGGUACUCAGCAAAUCCUGCUCCCUCCAGCUUGGCAGCAACUGACUGGGGUAGCUGCCCACACCUCAGUCCAGCAUGCGGCUGUAAUCCCAGAAACCAUGGCAGGAACCCAGCCUCUGGCAGAUUGGAGAAAUACGCAUGCUCAUGGCAGCCAUUAUAAUCCCAUCAUGCAACAGCCUGCGCUUUUAGCAAGUCAUGUCACCCUUCCAGCAGCUCAACCAUUAAAUGUUGGUGUAGCUCACGUUAUGAGACAACAACCAACCAGCACCACCUCCUCUAGGAAGAAUAAACAGCACCAAUCAUCAGCAAGAAAUGUGUCCAACUAUGAGGUGUCCUCCUCUCAGACGAUCAGCUCUCCGCAGCGGUCUAAGCGAGUGAAGGAAAACACCCCACCUCGCUGUGCCAUGGUGCAUAACAGCCCUGCCUGCAGCACCUCUGUCACAUGCGGGUGGGGCGAUGGAGCUUCCAGUACAACAAGGGAGCGGCAACGACAGACGAUAGUUAUUCCUGACACACCCAGCCCUGCAGUCAGUGUUAUCACUAUCAGCAGUGAUACAGAUGAGGAGGAGGAGCAGAAGCAUGCACCCACCAGCCCAGUGUCUAAGCAAAGAAAAAACGUCAUCAGCUGUGUAACUGUGCAUGAUUCCCCCUACUCUGAUUCUUCUGGCAACAACAGCCCCUAUGCAGUGCAGCACAGAGGAGGAAAUAAUAAUGGAAACACCUAUGAUGCCAAGGGAGUACCGGAAACACAUUGCAAUGGCAAUCCCCGGACGAUUAUUGUACCACCAUUGAAAACCCAGGCCAGCGAGGUGUUAGUAGAAUGUGAUAGCUUGGUACCUGUCACCACCAGUCACCACUCAUCCUCCUACAAGUCGAAGUCCUCCAGCAUUGUGACCUCCACCAGUGGUCACUCUUCAGGGAGCUCGUCUGGAGCCAUCACCUACAGGCAGCAGCGGCCAGGACCACAUUUCCAGCAGCAGCAGCCUCUUAAUCUCAGCCAGGCCCAGCAGCACAUCACGACAGAUCGCACAGGGAGUCAUCGGCGACAACAAGCCUAUAUCACUCCAACAAUUGCUCAGGCACCAUAUUCCUUCCCACACAACAGUCCCAGCCACGGCACGGUCCACCCACACUUGGCUGCUGCUGCUGCUGCUCAUCUUCCCACUCAACCUCACCUGUACACUUACACUGCACCUGCAGCUCUGGGCUCCACAGGCACCGUGGCCCAUUUGGUGGCUUCUCAAGGUUCGGCUCGUCACACUGUACAGCACACUACUUACCCAGCCAGCAUUGUCCACCAAGUUCCUGUCAGCAUGGGCCCUCGUGUCCUUCCAUCACCCACAAUCCACCCAAGUCAAUACCAGGCUCAGUUUGCCCAUCAGACCUAUAUCAGUGCAUCUCCAGCCUCAGUCUACACUGGAUAUCCCCUGAGCCCUACCAAGGUCAACCAGUAUCCUUAUAUCUAAACACUGGAAUGAGGAAACAACCAAGCAAAAAGACACAUCGCGCACUGAGGGGAAAUGUGGCUGCUUUUAUACUGAAGGACGUACCAGGCAAAUGAACAAUGCAGUGGAAGGCUCAAACAAAACUUGAACAAAUAACUUUGAGGAAAAUGUAAGAGGAAAGGAGAGACAAAGUUGAUCCCAGUACUAUACUUUUUAUUUAAAAAAAGAAUGAAAAGAAAAAAAGAUAAAAAGAAUGAAAAACAAUAACACAUAUACACACACAAAAAAAACACUCUGCACCAAGCCACAUGGUGGGGAAAGCAGACGGACCAUCAUUGUCUGGUCCUGUUUUUGGAUAAAUUCACCAGUAGACUUUUACAGAUUAUUUUCAUCUGAUUCCAGGAGACUACAUUUAGGAAUUUGCUGUUCAGACCUCCUAGUACACAGUUUCAUAGGUGUUUGGAUAUAUAUAUUUUUUGUUAAAUUAAGCCAAGAAGGAUAUAAAAUUAGGGAUUUAUCCAGUUUUUCAAAAAGGUUAUUGCUUUGUCAUUGCACUGGUCACUGUAACCUAAAAUACAAAAAAAAAAAUUUAAAAAGUGUGAUAUAUGUUCUGUUGAGAAGAGAAGUAAAAAAAAUAAGCAAAUAAUGAGGGGAUGUUUUGGAUUACUCCAGCUCCCUCAAUCUCAGGCUUAGAAGUUGGAAAAAACCCCGACAUUCUAAGCAGAAAAUAACUAUGUGGUGAAAUCCAGGUCAAGGGGAUAUUUGUCUUUACUCUCAACACCCUGGAUAAAUCCCUGAGAAAUGUUAUUCUUAAAAGUCUUUAAUAAUGUACAAUAUAAUCUCAUCUUCUUUACUCGGAAAUACUUUACUUUCUUUCUUUCUCUUUGGAAACCCCUUGCCAUUUGCAGUCCAGUCCUAACAUUUCCUGCUCCACUGCCGCAUCACAAACCAUCACGUCAUGCUCACGUUAUGGUGACAUGCACCAUUGUGAGCAGACACAUAAUCUCAAAAUGGUUAGGAUUGGGCUGUUAGAGUAAGAGUAGGUGUUCUAGCUGGUCCUUGGUAGAAUGUAGCACUAUACCAUACAUGCACCCUUUUUUCUACUUUGUGUUAAACUCCAAUGAUACCAAUAGACUAUUCCUCAAUGUGAUUGCACAAAAAAGUGAUAUAACAUAGGCAUGUAACAAAUGUGAUUGUCCAGGUAUAUAUGUGUGUGUGAGUGUGUGUGCGCAUGUGCGCGCUGAUGCUGCCUUCUCUUGUGGUGUGGUCCUCAGCACAGCCAUUACAAACUGUCACAGUCUUAGUUUUAUAUCAUUCCCUUGUAGUGCCUUACCAAACUACAGUUGCAGUUUUAAGGGUUUACUUCCACUGGUACUCCUAGAAACUAAUUGAGGCUGGUUGGAAUUUAAAUCUCAGCUCUUUUCCUUCUUUUAGUGUUCUUUGUUGUUGCUUUCCUUCUUCCAGACAUUUUAAUUUUAUUUUAUAUUUUUGUAUUGUCUUUCUUGGGUAAGUUGCAAGGGUAGAGCGAGACAGAGCCUAUGAGAAUUUGGCUAGAAUGUAAAAAUAGGUGGGCCUAGGAAGGUUUUAUGGGAACUGAAACGAUUGGGGUGGUUCAUAGGCCCUAAAGCAGCUUUCCAAUUUUGUUGAUGGGAUCUUGACUGAUUUCCUAUCAGGAUGCUCAGUUUUCCCCAUUAUUCUUUGCCAUUUACUGUUCUUACUAAAUAUAUAUAUAUAUAUAGAGAGAGAGAGAGAAUGGGGGCAAAGAGAAGGCUCCCAGGCUUGCUUUGGAUCAGAAAUACAUAGUACCUCAUGUUAAAUUGUGAUGUCUGAACUGUGGGUUUGGGGGGAAUUGAUUACUUGGGAAGGAUUCCCUAUAUUUUCACUUGAAUGCAUUCAUCAGGAAAAUAAAUUUGAGAAUGAGAGGAGUACUUCUAGAGCAUGAGACUCAGGUUGGCUUAAGUAGUUUUUCUUUCUUCCCUGAAGAAAAAAUUGCACUGGCGCCUGAGCAGGUGAGACAGCUAUAUUAGGGCCCAGUCACUGCCACUGGUUAUGCUGUCCUAGCUUUACAGGAGAUCUGAGCCCAGUUGCCAACAAGUAAGAGUUGAAUCACUGCUAAUUAGUGUAUUCUGCAGCUCGAUUGUCUGUGAAAUCCUAGAGUCAGAUCUAACUUGGAGACCCCAUGACUAGAGCUAUCAUGAUUAAAAUUGCUAUGGUAUGUUUUGUUUGUUUUUUUAAUCAUUGUUCAGAUUUGCUAGUUGGGCUCUGUAUCCUCAGCUCCAAAAAAGUAAGUUUCCAAAGUGAAGCUGUUAUAAAAUGAAAAAUAGUGUGUAACGGAAAAGAGAAAAAUCUUACCGCUACACCAGUGCAAGUGGGUGGUUCUGCUGUACCCACAUCCACACUGGAGAUAUAUUUGUAUUGGUGGCCUGAGACCUGUGAUAAGAUGGGAUGUUUGCCUGUAUAAGUACAGCUGUAUUUGUUACUUCAGAAAAGAAGUGUUUAGGCAAUAUGGUAAGAAGUUGGGAUAUGGCAGGUCAAGUAGCUGAGAGAAGGAGGAGGGAUCCCUGGGAUGUUUAUGGGAAAAGGGGUUCUCAAGAUGUAUGUUGGCAAGAAAGACAACUGCAGUUGUAAUAUCUGAAAGUGGGUGCACAUGGUUCAACCUGAAGGAAGGAAUAGCUCUUAGCAAGAGUUCUUUGUUGGACAUUCUUAUUUAUUUUGUUUUCCCCUAUAGCAAACCCUUGAAGAAACCCUCUGUUUUUACCAUUUUUGAGCUAGGUUUCAUUUUCAGUUUUUUCCCCAUUUCUUUCCCUUUCUCUCCCAGGCAUUGUCAUGUAAAUAGCAGGCUGGUCUUUUCAUUGGUUCAUCCACAUUAUGUUUUCUUAUUCUGAAUAAAAACCCUUCCAGUUUAACCCCAUUAAUGAAGCACCUCCCCCCACUUCUCAUUGUAAUAUAUGGCAUUCCUGCCCUUUCCAAACUCAUCUAGAAUGGAAGCUGCUCAUGUCAUUGAAAGGAAGGAUAUUAUUUUGUUGGUGUUAUUGUAUUAUUAUUAUUAAUGUUAAUGUGUUAUAUUUACUCUUUGUUUUAAUUGCACAUGCAUUCCUGCAUCUUUGUGUUCUAAUUGUUGAUGUCAUUGUUGUUUUUCUCUUAAUAUUGAUUGUUAAUUGUGUAAUCUGCACCUCUACCCCCGGCUUGGCAUCAGCAUGCUUGCUCACAUCAAGGUUUUGCAGGAAAAGGGGAGAUGAGAGAUAUUCUGGUUGUGAAACAUGCGUAGGUCGCAGAAAGCAGAACCAAAACAGGCCCCAUUCAGAUGUCACAGGAAACUAUGGCUUCCAACUCUGUGGAUGAGCAAGAGUGAGUUUCAGGUUUCUUCCUUAUUUUGAGGAGGAUCUCAGAAGCAUUCACAUAGCUGGCUGCCAUACCACAAUUAAUGGGCCUGAGCAGGACUGGAUUUGAUUAUAACAUGGAUGGAAAACCACCAAAGAAUCUUAAGGAGUUGACAAAACUGGGUUAGAUGUACCAUGUUUCACUCAGCAUAAGGAAACUUUUUAUUAUAUUUCUGUGCACUUUCUGUGUUAAACUCACAAUAGUUUCCCGUAGUGCUUAAAUUUGGGGAAGUUUUCAAACUGUGGGGAAGUGUUCAAACCAGGUUGAAAACAUGAAUUUAGACCCUGACAUGUUCUUACUAAUCAUAGUUUGACCAGGUCCUAUGGUUAAUUUAAAAGGAAGAGAUUCUUCCUUUCUCCUCAAGUACACCAAAGAGGAUGAUACUGAACUGAAGGCUUCCCAUGGCUUGUUCACCUAGCAGGAAAUUAUUUCGGUGGUAGCUUCUUGUUUAGGUCCGAAUGGUGCCAUGUACAAUGGCUAACUUUACAAUUUUUGGAUACCUUCACUUGGUAUCUUUAUAUUUUUGGAAGUGACACAAGCCAAACAACCACAAGCUUCAUAACUGGAUUCAAGGAAGAUGCAGAGAUUGAUCCCAGGUUGGAGGAGCUAAUGCCUUGAUUAAUUGUUGUAGUAUCAAAAUAACUUAAUAUGCCUGAAGCACAUUUUAUUAUAGGGCUGAAGCCUUCACAGCACUGUAAUAAUCUCAUGAUGUAAACAUUUUAGUUAAGU